AGCCGGGAGGGGGUGUGACUCAUAGGAGAGGCAGCAUGAGAUUUGCUGGGAGGAAGGUGGAGUAGGCGUGUCCAUUGUGUUGUGAACCCCUCUUCAGCAGCCUGGACUCAUCUGCUGUAGCUCAGGCUAGCAGAUAGGAGCUCCGUUUGGACGGGAGCAGCAACGAACAACAGCUCUCUCUGAGAAACACUGGGGGGGGACACACACACACACAGCGCUCUCCUUAACUACGGAUACAAACUGCACCUGCCGGGCCGUUCCCGGACAGACGAGAGUUCAUCCGCUUGGGCUGAAACCAUCAGGGAGAGACCCAGGAAGAUUUUUGCAGGCAACGCGCACAUUCUGUCCACUGACAGUGACUGCAACUCAGGAGGAGAGUGUGAGAGGUUUCCUUGUGUCCUGUCCGUCUGGUGGUUAAGGGUGUGUGUGUGUGUGUGUGUGUGUGUGUGUGAUGCUGGCAGUGUGUGUAGCAGUACAGCUGCCUCCUUCCAUGCCGCGUUGCAAGGGCAGAUGAUUGUAAAGCCGGCCCCUGGGGUGGAGUGUAGCAUCGUUCGCACGGGGCGGCUCGGGUCUCUCACACUCCCUGGUGGAGGGAGCCCAGGGCUUGGCAUCCGCUGGCCUCUCGGCCCCCUGGCACCGCUCUGGCCCUGGGAGACUCCUGUGAGCAAACCUGCUGGGCGCCCACAGUAACAUGGCUACUGGACAUCCCUGUGGAUUAAAUUGGAAUUCUGCGCACGUGCUUCGUGAUUUGUCCGUGUUGGUCGGCGGAGCGAACAGGACUCGCCCAGAGAACGCCACUUUGGCCCUCCUGAAGCCAGCAGGGACACCGUUCCAUUGAGGCUGCCGGAUCGCUCGUGAAGAAUGAUGAGCUCGAAAGAGGAAGAAAGCCUGAGAUUUUUCCAGUAUGUUGAAGACAGCGGACUAAGAGCCUACAAAGGGCUGGUCUCUCAGAAUCUGGACCACGCCCGGAAUGAGAGGAACAAGAUUUACCUGCAGGAGAAAAACGACAAAAAGAGAAAACAGGAAGAAGCCAAGAAAAGGACCGGCGAGGAGGUGGUGACCGAGGGGAAGCACCUGCGCAUGGGCUCCAUGACCAUGCCGGCCCCCCCGGAGCGCGUGGCCGUUCCUCCCUACCUGGCCAGCGGGCCGGGGUUCGCUGUGCGCUCCCAGUCCCUCCACUCGGUGGGCGGCGGAGACGAGGAGGUGGGCAGCCCCACCUCCCGCAAGCAGCCCCCGCCCAAACCUAGGAGGGACCCAGCCACCAAGCUGAGUAUAUCCUCCGAGACGGUGGACCACAGCACCGCCUCGAUCUGCCGAGGAUGCCGUGCCGAUCCAGACGUCUGUGAUGCUCCACAAGGCUGUGGUGAGGACUGCAAGAGGGUCCCCCCGCCCAAACCCAGGAGGAACCCCAACACCCAGCUGAGCACCUCCUUUGACGAGUCUUAUAUCAGGAAGCACAGUGGCUCCAAGGGUCACUCCCCCUCUUCGGAGCGGGAACGAAACCCCUCGCCGCCGAGCGACGGGAGCCCCAGCCACCACUCCGACUCUGACGAGCCUGUCUACAUUGAGAUGGGCGCCAGCGUCGGGGGCGCGGGGCACACGGAGGGGCCGAAGAGCGAGGACGACGAGCCGGGCGAGUCCGUGUACGAAGAGAUGAAGUACCCCCUCCUGGACGACAUGGACUACCGCUGGGACCCGCCCGGGUGCCGCUCCGCCUGCCCCACCCCCGCGCCCCUGGACCCCGAGCCCCUUGGCCGCUGCUCCACGCCACGCAACAUCCCCCUCUGUGACAUCCCCGCACCCUUCCCCAACCUGCUCAGCCACCGGCCGCCCCUCCUGGUGUUCCCCCCAGCGCCGGCCCAGUGCUCGCCGAACUCAGACGAGUCCCCGCUCACCCCUCUGGACGCCCUGACCAAGCUGCCCAUGAUGGACAGCCCUGGGGCCUACAGCAAGUCCCCCACCUCCUCCUCGUCCUCCGAGCCGCCGACGGCGCACCUGCGCCGGGAGCUGACGGCCACGCCCACCCUGACUGUGUCAGGCCGCUCGUCGGCGCCGCCGCUGCCCUGUACCCUGUACAAGUCCUCCGCGUCCUCGGCCCACGGCUACCAGCGUAGCCACUCCGCCUGCCCGUCGCCCGUCAGCAUGGGCCGCUGCCUCACACCGCUCAGCCUGAUGCGCGCGCCGGCCUUCGACGCCUCCGCGCCCUUCCCGGGCGGAAUGCCGCGGAGCGCCUCCGCCACGCCCCACGGGAAGGGCUCGCCGCCUCAGGACUCCGCGGCCGGGGGCCGGCUACACGGGUCGAUGCAGAACGUGUCGACGGGUCGCUCGCGCACGCCCACCAGCCCGCUGGAUGAGCUGACCAACCUGUUCACCGCCGGCAGGAACAUGAUGAAGAAGAACGCCAGCGGGAGGAAGUCCAAGGAGCCCGGAGAGACCGAGUCUAGCAAGAGCAAGACUCACGGCGAGUCCAGGCGCGACGGGAAGGAGCGGCACGGUCACAGCAAGGAGUCCAAGCGGGAGAGCAAGGAGCGUAGCAAGGAGUCUUCUUCUCACCGACGCGACGCCAAGGACCGAGGCUGCAGCAGUGUUGAGCCGCCGCCGGUGAAGCGGGACAGCAAGGAGCGGGGCUGCAGCAGCGUGGAGCCCCUGUUGGUGAGGAGGGACAGCAAAGACCGGGGCACGGUUGAGCCCCCGCCAGUCAGACGGGACAGCAAAGGCAGGGGCUGCGGUAGCGCGGAACGGAUGCCUCGGCGCGACAGUAAAGACAAAAGUGUCCACGGCAUGGAGCCGAUACUGUUGCCGGACAGUAAAGAUUCUCCCUGGAAUGGUGUGGAGACCAGGCAUGACAGCAAAGAAAGGCCCGGCCACCAGAACCCACCAGAACUUCUACCCCGGCAAGACAGCAAAGACCGAACCAGGAGCGUAGCUGACUCUAGACAAGACAGCAAAGAACGAACGGACCCGCCCCCAGAGCUCCUACCCAGACAGAAUAACAGUAACAGAGACUCGCCCAGAAAUGGCCUUGAGUGCAGACGCGACAGCAAAGACCGAGACAAAGUUAGCUACAGCCCGGAGUCGAGGCACGAGGUCAAAGAUCGUGGUCACAACGGAGCGGAGCCCUUGCCCCGACAGGACAUCAAAGAGCCCGCGAGAAAUGGCCUCGAGGCUCGACGAGACAGUAAGGACAGGAGCUGCAACGGAUCCGAGGUGCCCCCCCGGCGCGACAGCUACGGCAAGAGUCCCAACGGCGUAGAUCCUAGGCGCGACAAUAAAGACCGGGUAGGUCACAGCUCAGAGGCCUUGGCCAGGCGUGAUAGCAGAGACAGAGGGACCCAUAGCGCCGAGCAACCAAAAGCACAAGAGAAGAAUGGUGUUUCAGGGCAACAGACGUCAAUGGCCACGCCGACUCGGCACGGAAGACAUUCUGGCAGCCCUCCGAUGGUGCUGGGCGCAGGCAGUACAGAGUUGAAACCGGCACUUCAGAAGUAUGGCCGCUCCUCUGCCCCAGUUACACCUUCCCCCCUGGGGACCCCACAGAGGCAAGCGCCAGAGGCCCAGGUACCCCAGAUGCCCUGGAUGUGCGGAGACAGCAUGAUGCUGGAGCAGAUCGAAAGGAAGCGCACCCUGUGCAUGGAGAUCCGUUCCAGACAGCGCCCCCCAGAGAAAACACCCCCGGACAGGAGCACCCCGGAAAGGAACCCCCCGGACAGGAACCUGUGCAAACAGGAGAGCCUGCCCGCCCUCCCCACCUGGGGGAAAAGCAAUGUGGCCAAAAAGAUUCGGCCUCCGCCCUACCCCACACAGACCACUGUGUUCUGGGACACAGCCAUUUGACUUUAAUUCACUUGGCCCCCGUGCCCAACCCCCUCCUGGACUCUGUGCCUACUCAUUGGCCCACUCCGCAUCGGGAAGGCGGGGCCAGAGGCAGCCAAUAUACCAGGAGGAUUGCUGAUGUCAAAGGACAAUGUUGGUUACCAUAGCAAUAUUUCCGCUUGUUCAGGUUGUCAUGUUUUCUUAUCAUCACCAGUGAUAUUUGAUAUUUUUCUAUUUUGUGUGUCUCCAUGUAAUAUACUUAGUAUGAAUAGAUAUUUUCUAAACUAAAAGGGAUAAAGCAGCAAAAACUUUCUAGGUGUAGACCAAUGUUUCUUUUUUUUACGUUUUGUUGUUGGUAUUUUACAUUUUAAAGCAUAAUCUAUCAAGUAAAAUUCUUUACGCCAAACACUCAACGGAUUUCCAGUGCUCAAAGCACUCUUGAAUGGAAGAUGUUUUGACUGUCAACACGCUGUCUGUUUUAAGUUGAAUGACGCAGUCGAUAUAUUAGGCCUUGGGCCAAUGUGUUCUAGAAUGUACCAUACUUCUCCUGGACCUAGAACUGGUCAGGAAUCCUGUGCUUCAGUUUGUAUGUUCACAAGCUGUGUAUUCAGCCAGAGGCUUUGACAAGGAUUGGUUUGAAAGCAGAUGGGUUGGCUGGCAUAUAGUAAGUAGACAAGUCUAGCGAGGAAGAAUUAUAAGCAUGAGCUGACACACAACCAAAAAAACCUUUAUAGAGGUGCUGACUUAACAAAGGGUAAAGUUUAUAAAAGGAGAGACAAAGUUGCACACUGAUUACGCUCCCAGCUAUUAAAUGGGUCGCCGAGGCCAAAACCCAUGGUUAUUGAAUUAUAUUUCUGGGAGCAAAUUAAGAGUGCGGCUUGAUUUUUAUGUUGCGAAAUAACAGUUAUGAGGGUGGGUUGUGAAAAAUGAGCAUCAGGACAAAUCUGUCAGUCCAAACCAGUCAAAGCUUGUUGGGGUAAAUCAUGGCUGUUUGCUCCUUGUAGUGGUUGGUAAUCUAAUAUGGGUUGGUGGCAAUAGUUGGUACAGGUCUGGUCUCCUGCUCUGCCAUGAACCUUGUGGGUGUACAGUAGGCUGAUGUUCAAAACGACUCAGAAACGGGUUACUUGGAAAUCUCAGACUUCCGUCGGCAGUGCUUUCAAAACAACUCGAAACCCGUAAAAACGUUGUUCCUGAAGCUCAGACUUUUCGGACCGACGUGGUGGUCUGGCCCGAUUUCUGUCGACAGUUGAUUUGAAAGUGCCAACAAUGACGUGGCCAAGUGACACAUUCUGUCACACGUCUGUGUUCGUCUCCCUUGUCCAGAGACGACGCUUCAAGCCACGUGGCGACACCCCUGGGCUACCUUUUCUGGCCCCGGGACGGGGACAACGAGGAGACCAGAAUCCUCUGCCCGUCGGUUUGCCCCCAAGCCGAAAACAUUUGCCAGUGUGAUGGCCUGGAUAAAAAAAAAUCACAAGGGUGAGUGGGCUGUUUUCCAAUUCCUGUACUGUUUCUACCUUGUCUUUUAAAUGGGUUCGAAGAUUAUAUAAUCAGAUUUCAAGAACAUUCGCUCAUGAGAUAUAUAUGAACAUAUUCUAUUUGUGUUUGUGGAUUAAUUUACUUCUGCCAGAUGCCUUUUACAAUGUUUUCGCGCUGACCCUUGCGCUAUGUUUUUGCCCGUUGAAGACCGUUCAAAAGCCUACGACAUUUCUAGGGCUGAGAGGCUCCCAGCCAUCUACUUUCAUGGCUGCGAACACCGACUGUAACCCAGCAUAAUCAGCGCCGGAGCUUUUAGACAAAUGCUUAUGCUUACAGUAGACUGUCAUUGCACUUGCUUAAAAAUUAACUCUGGAAAAAAAUAUGCGUAUAUAUUUUUGUGUAAGAAUGAGAGUAAUAGAGCUGUGCCAAGGAAUAUGUCAUCAUUGGUUGGCUGAGCGAUGCGGUCACGGACAACCGGCUUGUCUGUGACAUGCCGUCCUCCGUGACUGGCUGUCUGUCACGAUACCCCUGCCCCCUCCUGCUAUGAUUGGCUGCACGGUGGCAUCCAUUUCAGGGGCCGGAUGAUUCUUGGACCUACAGGGUGUCAACAGCUCCGCCUGCCAAUGAGGACAAUGGCAUGGAGAUCGAGGCAAAGAACAAUUAUUGAAAACUAAACUACCAAUCAUCAUCCAUCACACUCAAAAAUCAAAGUCUGGACCCAUGUCUCUGCACUCCCCCCUACUCCUGUUCUCAUAGACCAGCAUGCACCUGCAUGGCCAGUAGAGGAGUGGCCAAAGUCCUGGGUGGAGUCAGGAGUUGCCUGUAGACCAAUAAACACACAGAUCCACAAAAUCUCUGUCCACCCAUUGGCAGACGUGCAGCCGGCCUGCAGGAACAGAAAAAAGGGCACCAUGCGGGGGAGCGCGAUCGACUGGUCAGGCCAGCGCAGUAACAGACAUUUUCUGUCCUUUAUACCUGUGUGUGUGUGUGUGUGUGUGUUUGAGUGAGAGAGAGAGAGUGAGUGUGCCAAGCUACACUGUAUGCAGGUCUCCUCUUAAAUGAUUGUUUAAAACAUUCACUUUGCUCUGCGUGGUGGAUGUGUGCAGGUUGGAAAUGCGUAACAAUGUACAAUCUUUCCUCUUUUUUUUUUGUGUUUGUAUACAAUUGUGCACUGUGAAGGGUAGAGUGAGCACAGCACUGUCGGUCAUGUCUAAUGCACUGGGUGUUCUCUUAUUGCUAAAAAAGAAGAAGAAAAAAAAACGAGAAGGAAAAAAAAAAAACACACUGAAAAAAGUACUGUAUGCUGAUUGUCACAUGGGUUCUGUUGUCAAGAGAAAUAAAUAUGAACUUCAACCCACUGUGGAAGA